GGGAGGCGCGCGCCGCGGCGGGCCGCCACAGACGCUUGUUGACCCCGCCAGUAGGCUCACGCUCCUGCCUCACGGGUUAGUAUAUCGCCCCACUCAUUGUACUUUCUGGGUUAUUGGUGGCAUCGUGUAGCUGGGCCAGCCGAGGGUUGCCGCGAGGACGCCGCCGCAGAGACCGACCGUCGUGCCCGCCGCCGCUGUGUCAUGUCUGACGGAGAGGAAGAAAAGCAAACCAAAAUGGGUGAAGGUGAUGAAGAAACAGUGGUCAGGGUUCGUGGCCUACCAUGGUCAGCUACUGUGGAGGAUGUGGUCAAAUUUUUUGAUGGUGUAAAUAUAAAAAAUGGUCGUGAGGGUGUUCACCUCACGCUUUCCAGAGAAGGUCGGCCCAGUGGUGAAGCAUAUGUUGAAGUUUCCACAGAGGAAGAUGUGACCUUAGCGGAGAAGAAACACAACCAACACAUGGGCAGAAGAUACAUUGAGGUAUUUAAAGCGAAAAAAUCUGAAAUGGAAUGGGUUGUUAAGAGGGCUGGGUUUGGAGCAUCUGGUGGUGAAGAUGAUGGCUGUGUUCGCCUCCGUGGUUUGCCAUUUGGAUGCUCAAAAGAAGAGAUUGCACAGUUCUUUUCUGGGUUGGAGAUAGUUCCGAACGGGAUAGCUCUGCCUACCGACUACCAGGGGCGGCAUACGGGGGAGGCAUACGUUCAGUUUAUAAACAAAGAGGUCGCUGAAAAGUCCCUUGAGAAGCAUAAGGAAAAAAUAGCGCACAGAUACAUAGAGAUCUUCCGAAGCAAUCUAGGAGAAGUACGUGCUGCCAUGAGUCCCAAGAUGCGAGGUCCAGGUGGUCCAAUGGGAGGCUACAAUAACAGACCCACUCCGUAUGAUUCACGCGAUAGAUUUGGAGGCAUGAAUCGUUACAGUUUGGGAGGCCGUGGUCGAACUCAUUUUGCCUCUGAAGGUGGCUACAAUGACUAUGAUGAUGGUCCUGGCUGGGGAGGUUCUGGCGGUUACAAUGAUGGACCUAGCAGCUGGCUGAGUAACCGUGGUGGCCGUGGUGGUGGUCCGGGUGGCUUGAAGGGUAAUUUUGGUGGUGGUCGAGGAGGAAGUUGGAACAAUGGAACAGGACAUUGUGUUCACAUGCGAGGUCUUCCUUUCCGUGCUACAGAAAUGGACAUAGCUGAUUUCUUCAGACCUCUAAACCCUGUCAACAUUAAUAUCAUCAUGGACAGUUCCAAUCGUCCCUCUGGUGAAGCGGAUAUUGAAUUUGCUACACACGAUGAUGCUGUAAAAGCCAUGUCCAAGGAUAAAGCAAACAUGCAGCAUCGUUACAUUGAGCUUUUCCUGAACUCCACCCCUGGUGGAAAUAUGGGUGGACCUGGAGGACCCAUGGGAGGCCCAGUUGGUCCCAUGGGUGGACCAGGCUCUGGUAACUUUGGAGGUGGUGGAGGCGGCGGAAGUUUCAGCGGAGGCAGCAUGGGCGGCGGGUUUGGUGGGGGUUAUGGGGGGGGCAGCCGAUUGGGGGGAGGUGGUAGUGGAUAUGGCAGUGGUGGAAUGGGUGGCGGUGGAGGCGGCGGCGGCGGCUACAGUUCCCUAGACGAUGGCUUGGGUAGUGGAGGAAUUGGUAGUUUGGGUGGAGGCGGUGGUAUGGGAGGGGGCAGUGGAAUGGGCGGUGGUGGUAUGGGAGGGGGCGGUGGUAUGGGAGGGGGUAGUGGAAUGGGCGGCGGUGGUAUGGGUGGUGGUGGCGGCGGUGGAAUGGGUGGUGGCGGCGGCGGUGGAAUGGGCGGUGGGGGAAUGGGCGGUGGUGGAAUGGGUGGAGGGGGACUGGGUGGUGGCGGUGGAGGAAUGGGCAGCGGUUUGGGAAGUGGAAUUGGAAGUUUGGGAAGUAGCCUCAGCGGAGGGCUGGGUAGCAGCCUCUCUGGAAGCUUGAGUAGGGGAAUGGGCAGUGGUUUGGGAAGUGGAAGUGGUGGAAUGGGCGGCAGUGGCGGAAUGGGCGGCGGCGGCAGUGGCGGAAUGGGAGGUGGCGGCAGUGGAGGAAUGGGCGGCGGUGGAAGUGGAGGCGGCGGCUUCGGUAGCGGCUUCAACAACGGCUUCAACUCAAACAACGGUUUUGGCCCUGGCGACCAGAUGUCUGGCAGCAACUACAACAGCUUCUGUUAGAUACUUGAAUCUCCUGAAUGAUAAAAAACAUUUCUUACUGUUAAAGUUCUUAUUGAACUUUUGACUAAAAUGAGUUUAUUCAUUGAACUUUAUUGUGAAUAAAGAUUCAAGAGAAAAUGUUUUCUUAGUUUUGUUUAUGCAAUAUUGUGUAACUUUAAUUACCUGAUGUUAAAGCUGUGUGACUAAGAUUUAAGGGAGGGGAAAGUGUAAAGUACGGAUGUAUUUUUGAGAGGACGCAGUGUAUUAUUGAUGGUUAAAGUGUCGUGUAGCAUACGUUACCUAGUGUAUGGUGUGCCAGUGUUGGUAGUAGAAGAACGUGUUAACUGGUACCUGUCUUGCUGUGAGCUACAAGUUUUAUUUUCAUGACAUUAUCUGGUGUGACAUUCCAUUUGAAAAGAAGUUGGAUGCAUAAACCUUACAUUGUGACAGGUCGGACGAUUUACAAAUGUAAUUUUAGACUUUAUUCUUAAGAUACCAAAUAAAAUAACGAAGUUUCA